AUAGCAGGUACUGGCGCAAAUAUAAAUUUAGAAUGAGUGAAAGUUCACAUUUCCAUUGUGAACAUGAUUCAUCGGACGAGUUUCUCGAAAGGAAUACAGAUGAAGAAGGACGAAGAACCAUCAUCAUCAGGAAUGGUAGCAGGCAACGCCCUCAGAAAAAAGGAUCGGAAAGGCGGCUCAGAUCGAACGACAACCACGUAGGGAUGGAGGACAUGGUUGAAUCGACGAAGGACUGAAGAGAAUCAAAACCGACAAAAAAGAAUCAGGGACACACUGUGUUGACUUCAAAUCAAGGACCAGACGAACCGGUCUACCUCUCUGUGAGAUGCGUCUAAUUUUUUCCCCGUUCGUCUUCUUUUUUUUCCUCUUCUUUUUUUGCUUCUCUCUUCUUUCUUUCUUUCUUUCUUUCUUUCUUUCUUUCUCCUAUAUCUGCGUUUGCCUGAAGUCUUCCUUUUACGCAUCUUCUCUCUUUCUCUCUUUCUUUUCGGAUCAGAAUCUACUUUUUUUUUUCAUCCUAUGGAGAUGCUUGCAGGUGUCUGGUUUGGGACUGACCAAAAGUCUUAACCGCUAGUACCGAUUUCCAAUCGCCUUGUCGCUGUCGAAUGCCGCAAUGCUGCACCUCUCUCUGAUUAUACACCAUCAUCCACUCGAUCUGCCAUCACGGUAAACUAACAAUAAGAUUAAGAUACAGAAUCAUAAUUGGUAAUAGAAUCAGCUAGCGAGCGACUCUAUGUGUAAAAAUAAGCCGAGAAAAAUGAAUAAAAUUUUUUUAUGUAAAAUUCCAUUUUCAAGAAAAUCGAGUUUGAAAAUUUAUCAAAUAUAUUUGAAUGAUUAAUUUCAGACUUUAUAAAAGUGCAUAAUCGACAGGAGAUUGUUCUACGUACGAAAAUAAGUAAAAUAAAAUAAAGCAAAAAUAAAAUAAAAUUUUUCUAUUUAAAAUCUCGUCUUCCAGAAAAUAGAGUUGAAACAUGUUCAGUUGCUUAAUACACAGUUGCUUAAUACAAAAUUUGCCUAAUACACGUAUACUCGAUGAAUUUUCAAGUUGGAUUUUCUUGGACAAUUUAUUUAAUAAAAAUUUUAGUCUAUGGUUUUUAUUUAUUUCUAUAGUUAUUUUAUAUUUAAUUCUGUAAUUUUGAUACUUAAUUCUAAGAUAUCUUCCUAUCAGUUAUACAUUUCUAUAUGUGUCUAAAAUUAACCAAAUUCAAGUAUACUUGACAAAUUUUCUAUUUUCUCAAAGAUAAAGUUUUAAAUGAUAAAAAAUUAUUGUUUUGUAUGUAAAAUUAUUUUCUCUGAUUCAUCUAUUACAUGGCGUCUGAUACAUUACAUGUGAUGCAUUUAACGAUUAUACAUGCAAUUAAUUAUUGAAAAUUAAUAUUUUAUAAAUAUAUUUUAUAAAUAUAUUUUAUAAAUAUAAAUUAUUAACUAAUGGUAACAAUAACAGCAGUAAUAGUAAUAAUAACAAUAACAAAACAACAAUGAGAGUAAUAAUAAUAGUAAUAAUAAUAUAGUAAAUAAUUUACUUAAUAGUGGCAAAAUAAUAAUAGUAAUAGU